AUGCGCACAGAGACAACCGAGGCACUUGCGCAACUGUCUCGCAUUCAACAAGCAGUCGCGACAAACAAGCUCUCCCAUGCAGACCUGCUGAACCAGCUCAGUGUGCUUGCAUCCACGCUGCAGGCUGCAUCUACUCGGCCAGACGCUAAAGAGAACUAUUUCAAAUCGUGGGAACGAUCUGUCAGUCCACUGGCAACCCGACGGAACCAUGUACAAAAGAAACCAUCUGUAACAUUCAACUACUCUUUGCCCUUGGCCAAACAGUCUUGGCCUACACAAUUGCGCAAGCAAGAGUCCACCUCCGAUAGUGAUGAGGAUGAGCGAGAUACUUCUUUCUUGCGAUUGUCUGAAAUGCUCGAACGUUCCAUCAUGUCUGCACAAGACGCUCUUUCAACACCUGGUAGUACCAGCUUGCUGUUGCGACAGGAAAGCAGUGAUGAUGGCCACGACACUGGACGGCACCUGGCUCUACGGGAGGAGAAUAUUCUCCCUGUACAAAAUAUCACGCAGGCAUCUUCGUCCUCAUCCACCUGUGUGCAACCCUUACUGCCAGAGCGCGCUUUCAACGAAACGGAGCAUCCAAUCAAAGAAUCUCAAGCGGAGGAAGUGCUACCCGAACCACCGUCCUACGAAGAGCAUGCUGGUACCAUCAGAACGCUAGAAGAGGGUGUCGCCGGGCUAAACAGUCUCAUCGAUACUAUUGCAUUUGCUGCUCGGCCCUUACACCCUAUAGAUGGCGGCAUGUCGCCCACUGCCUUCUUCUUUGCGCUGCUCGUGCUUCUUGUCGCUGUCUACUUUGCAAGGACUGGUCGCGUCAAUUGUCAUUGCGUUUGUCCAACGCCAUCCGUUUGA